UUUUUUUUUUUUGUGUGUGUGUAACCACGCCUACACAGUGGCUGCCAAGGCUUACCCAUGAGUUAAACCUUGUUUAGUUGGUAAUGAGGAAGGCCUGGGCUCUAGCAGUGGACACCCGAAGGCAGCAGUGGGUGAAAACAAGCAAAAUAAAGAAAAGUUUGGCUGUGAGAAGGUGCUAGACAGCCAGCCAUAGUGACGAGGAGGCAGGAAGGAAGAUCACCACCACAGGGAAGGGUAUUUCGGAACCAUGAUUGUUCUUUCCACGCUGGCCAGACGGAUGCAAAAUGGAGGCAGGCGGCUUCUGGUUGGAGAGCAACACUCGGGAAGCUUACCCUGGCGUGGAUUGCGGCAGCCUCGGAAACUGAAAAGAGAUGGGGGCAUGAAACUUGCCCCUGAAGCAUUGAUGGACAUUCCCAAUGAGAACAAUAUGGGACCUGGACUACUGAAGAGCUUGUUAUUUACUGGGACGUUCUGUGGAGCCACAUUUGUCGGUGCAACAAUCUGGCAAUAUGAGUCAGUGAGACAUUCAUUGAAGCAAAACUCUUGGCAGGCCUGGACUAAGAACAGCUGGGAAAAUUUACAAGGUUGGCAGCACAAGGAAGGAGAAUUUCGCAAGGCAAUAAAUAAGUGGUGGAAUGAACUCAAUGAGGGUGAGAAGGUGUUCUGGCCUAUAUGCUUAGUCAAUGGUAUUGUUUUCGCCUGCUGGCAUCAUCCAGCCCUGCAGUCCACUAUGUUCCGUUACUUUUGUGCCAACCCAGCAGCACGGGCUGUGUGUUGGCCUAUGUUCCUGUCCACCUUCAGCCACUUUGCACUUCUCCACUUUGGUUUGAACAUGUAUGUCUUACACAGUUUCAGCUCAGCUGUAGGUCGAUCUUUGGGCAAGGAGCAAUUUUUGGCCAUGUAUUUGAGUGGGGGUGUUGUGUCAUCUUUAGCCAGUCAUGCAUUCAAGGUGGCGAUGCGAUGCCCUGGUCCCUCACUUGGUGCAUCAGGAGCCAUCAUGGCACUACUUGGCUACUUCUGCACUCAGUAUCCCAGUGCCCAGCUGAGCAUUGUCUUCAUUCCAGGACUCAGCUUCUCUGCAGACUCAGCCAUUAAGGGCAUCAUGUGCUUGGAUGCUGUAGGAAUGGCUAUGGGCUGGCGCAUGUUUGACCACGCUGCACAUCUUGGGGGGGCAUUGUUUGGACUCCUUUAUGCACACUUUGGGCCAAAGUAUAUCUGGGCCAACACUGAACCACUGAUGAAGAAAUGGCAUGAGUUGAGAACAGAAGUCAGUGAAAGAAUGCAAGGCAGUAAAAGAAAUGACUAACAUAGCAGUGGACAUAGAGAAUUUUACAUCAGCCCCUUAUAAAUAUAUACAUACAGUCUUGUACUUUUAUAUUCUUAAAUAACUUCAAAAGAACUCUAGAAGUGCAUGUGACUCACUCAACAUGAUACCAAUCUGAAAAGGGGAGUGUGUGAUACUAAACUGAGACAUGUAUAGUUACUGACAGGAAAUGCUGUGCAGAGAUUGUGAGGAUUCUCUGAUAAUAGAAACCUUUCAGGAAGCUUGGUGAAGUGGAUACUUAUUUUAGCUUGUACUGCAUGAGUCAAGUUGCUCUAAAUUGUUUUGUAGUUGUUUAUGAGGUGUUGCUGUACAUAUCUUUAUCUUUUGAUAUAUAGAGUAUUUAUGAAACUAAACAUUUAUCAGUGAAAGAAGGUUUUAUUUAAUGUUCACCACCACCACCAUUGUCAUCAUCAUCAUCAUCAGCCUCUUCAUUCUCUUGUUAUCUGCCCAUUUAUUCCAAUACAUCUUAGCCAGUCUUGUCAUUGUAUCCCUCUGUUUGCCCUGGCUUCGUUUGCCAUCCCUGCUUUGUAGAGAUGAGUUUGUAGCUUUCUCUCUCUCUCUCUCUCUCUCUCUCUCUCUCUCUCUCUCUCUCUCUCUCUCUCUCUCUCUCUCUCUCUCUCUCUCUGGGAUUCAAGAGAGGUACCCUUUAUAUGGAGACAAGCGAAUGUAGUUUCCAUCUUUAAUACCGGAAAUAUUGUUAAUGUCAAACAAUCUUCCAGUUAGUCAGACUUCAAUUGUAUAUUACUGGAGGCUGUAGUAAUAUGUAACAGCAAAGUUGGAACUCUGUAACGAAUACUAUAGAUACAUAUAUUCAGAAGAUGUCUAGGUAGUAGUGAAAGAUGAAAAUUUCCCAUAAUGUACCGCCAGUGAUGAACGGAGAAGUAGACAAGAGUGAUCGAUUUUACUGAUCAUUAUAGCUGUAAACUAAAUAGGAAGUUGGGGAAAUGGAAUUGUUCAGAGAUUAACACACCUUGAUCAUUAUGCUGUUUUAUAUCACAGAGAGAAAAAAAAAGAAAAAAAAUUUUCGUGGCUUAUUAUACUAUGAAUAGAAUUGUUACAAGAUGAAAUAGGAAAUGCCGGAAAUUACAGAUAUAUAAAAUUUUAUCCACAUAUGACACUGAAAUAUAUUAUCAAAUAAGCAAACUCUACUUUUUUUUUUUUUAAGUGGAGGUAUUGUGACAUCUUGAAAUCUUGAACGUUAUCAGAUAAAGCCAAUAAUACUGAAAUAGUCUCAAAACACCACAGAUAAAGUAUAAACACCACCAUAUUCUAUAAAAAAGGACAAUAAUUAUACAUAUGUAACAAAAAUAUCUCAGUUUCUAUCAUGACACCGUGUAAUAUGCCAUAAAAAAAAACGUAUACACAGAUGCGCACACAAUACAAACUCUUUAAAAAAAAUAACACCCAAUAAAUACACAGUUCACACUAAUCCCACACAAACACCUGACUUAGUACUCCAAAAGCCGUGAAAUAUGACAAGAUAACACACACACACACACACACACACACAUACACAGCAUCGCUUCCCCACAAACAACACAACACACUAAAAAAAAAAAUCAUCCAAAAAAACACACAAUUCACACUGAUCUCACACCAACACAUGAGCUUGUAGCCCCAAAACCAUGAGUUGCAAGGUGAAAUAUUAACCAGGCUCCGCCAUUUUGCGUCACCUGAAAAUCUGUUUUGUUUGGGGAAGGAGGCGAGGCUCGAUACUCUCCCAAUUAUUUCAGCUUAGAGCAGCUUAGUGUGGCCCAGCUUAGUGGCACUGCAUACUGAAACCUUCCCCUACUCAGCCUGACUCCCAAACACGCGCCAUUGAGGAGAAAAGACGAGAAAAAAGGGGAUAAUACAAGGAAAACAUUAGAGUGGCGAAGGAAGGAAGGAAGACUACUCCUCCUCUUCUUCUUCCUCCUCUUCCUCCUCCUCCUCCUUGUCUCGUCCUCGUAAUGUCAGUCGUGUUGAUGUGAAUUGCUCCCUGACGCUAGAGGAAGUAAUAUGAACAGCUUUCUCAUAUUCAGGUG